AUGAUCAACUUGAUCAUUUUUUUACCUACAGUACUCUCAUACGUGAGUAUUGUGUAUGCUAGUGAGAGUGAUUUAGGGGGGUUGCUGAGUGUACAUCAGGUUACAAAUGCAGAAAAUUUAUACGAAUUAGGCAUCAAGCAGUUAGACUCCUCAAUUAAGCUUUUGGAGGAUGCCAAAUUUACUGGGAAUAGAAUUCUGAGAGACUACGAACAAACUGUACAAUAUGUCGCUGCUCAUAUCGGACCAAGUGGCUCGUUUAUCAAGUUCUCCCCCGUAAUUAAACGGUUAAUAUCACAAAUCAACACGUUAACACAUGGUCUAAAUGAUGCACUAAGUCACGUAGAUCCCUUUCUAAGCAAGUUGAUGAACGAAAAGUCGCAGCUGGUAGCUAAUAAAAAUGUUAUUUCACAAGGAGCUGAGGAGAAUAUCUCAAAAUUAUCAACUCAGUCAGCACGAAAUUUGCUUAUUAGCAUCAAAAAAUCUUUGCAAACACUGGAACUUGGCGAAUUAAAUUCAAGAAAAUUGAAUACUAUAGCCGAGAAAAUCGGCACUGAUGUUAGACAUGCAAUUAAAAGUACCAACUCGACGCUAAACAUUUUGUUAGGCUAUCGGGUGACAUUCACAUUAGUGAUUGAUUCGGAAAAUAUCCUUUCGGACUCUGAAAAGUUCAAAAUUAACAUAUUUUCACACUCAAAAUUAUGCCACGGUACCACUAAUGAAGUUGUAAACUUGCAACAUAAGGCCAAAAUGUUGUUCCAAAAGUCGCUGAGUGAAGGAUUGCUACAUGAGGACAUAAAUAUGGGCAAAAAUUAUAUAAUCAGAAUUGAUUCCUAUGCACAUGAAUCCAACAAACUAGCUUCUGAAAUGAAUGCCAAGAAUUAUGCUAUGGCUUCAUCAGUUCGGUUCAUUAGGAAGGAUAUUGAUAAGUUGAAACGCAUUUUAGAUGAUUACAAAAACAGUCCUCACUCUGCUUACAAAAGAAUGGAUGUUAUUCACGUUGAGAUUGAUAAAAUUUAUGAAUCAAUUGGCACGGCACUGAAAUGGGCAAAUGCGGCUGUGAAAUCAAAUUUCUCAAUCUUGACUGCUACUAGAGAGACUUAUCAAGCACUGGAGAAUCUCCUUAAAAUUUCCAAAAAAUCGCAUUCCAUAAGAUCAACUUACACUACACAAUUAGAUGCGGAUUCAAAUUCUGGUCCAUUUUACGCGUCCACCACAGCUAUUGGUGAUAAACAUGAUCCAGAUGAUCUGUAUGGCUUAAAACACAGCGGAUAUAAUACUUCCAACAAUGACUCUUCUAGCAGAUAUAGUUACUACGUCAAAAAAUUUGGUGGACAUGGCUCCAGGUCCAAUCAUUCAACUUCAGAAUCAGGUGAAGAUGAUUGUUUAAAUGAUAAAUGUUGCAAGAAUUGCGAGAAAAGCAAGCCAUGGUAUAAGAGAUUUGGGCUUGGGUCGGUGAUUUCGGGUAUUCAAAAUAUGUUUGGAGCGUCAUACCAACAAGAUCAUUCGGAUGAUGAUCAUUAUCCGAAGUUUCCACAUUCGCCUUACAUAAUCCCAACUGCCCCGCCCAUAGAUUUGGUCCCAAAUGAUAUACACACAAAUACACGAUCAAAUAUAAUUAAAAAUGGAGUUACUGAAAAAGUUAUUCCAAUGUCGUCACCAAAUUCUGCCCAAUCUGAUCAUGAAAAAAAAGAACCUACAUCAGAUGAUAACAAAAACGAUCCUGUUGAUACUAAUUCCACAAAAAUAGAAGAUGUAGCUGAAACAAAAUCCAGUAUAGAAACGGAAACGGUUUCUAAUGACUUGGAGAAUAAAGCAGCCGAGACUGAAGAAUCUAUUGACACUGAACCGUAUGAAUCAGAAUCCGUAGGCACUAAAUCAUCUACGGGGAUUGAUAAUGAUACUACAGUUGAUCAGAACAGUGGAAAUGGACAUAACGCUAUCAAAACAACAAAUAAUCCACAUAUACAAUCAGUGAACCCCGAUUUUCAACCCGAAAAUCCAAACAAUCCACAUGUAAACCACUAUGGUUCGUUUGAAAUUCAGGCAAACAUAUUUGGCAACCAGGGCAACUUGGAAAACAUACAAAGGCUACAACAAGAUCCAAAAAUAAACGAAUUGAUUAUAAAGGGGAAAGAAUUUUUUGAACUAUUCAAUGCAGUAAAAAUGAAGUUGAUGAGAGGAUCCUCAUAUCUCAACUCAAAGAUGGUGUCCAUCAUGUUAGCAAAGAUCUUUCAAGGAUCUUUAUCCAAUUUGUGUUACAAUUUCAACCAAAAUCGCUACUAUUACGACACCCAAGCAUACAAUAGUGCGUUAUCUAAUUGA